CGCCGGGACCCCGCGCCGCCAACCCGCUCCGAGGCGGGGCCCGGCCCCGGCAGCGCCGCCCGCCCUCCCGCCGGCACCGGGGUCCCGACGGUACCCGGGGAGAAGCGGAGGCAGGUGCUGGGGGGAGAAGAGUGAUCUUGUGUCCUCACUGCCCUGCCAGAGGAGGGGAAGCCGAGAGAAAGCUUCCCUGUGGUGUGGUGCAGCCCGGGACACAGCUGUGAGCAGCCAAGCUGACGGGGUGACACCGUCCUGCUGCCGGCCUGGCCCCAUCCCCAUCCCACCGCCAGCACCACGGCCGUCGCCUUUGUCCCCUGCCAAUGCCAGCAGGUGGAGGCUGCACGCUCCAUCACUGCCCUGGCAUCCUAAGCGUGAGACCGAGCUGUGGGCCCCGCCGAUUCCUGCGGGACAGUGGCCAUGGGGGCUGCUCUCUCCACCGGAGCGAUCGUGGCAAUUUCUUUUAACUGUGUCAUCGCGUUGCUCAUCCUCAUCCUCUUCCUCAUCCUCUGCAAAGCCUGCAGGACCCCCUCAUGUCCCAAGAAGACCCCGGCUUCUGAUGUGGAUGAGUCAAGGAAUGAAGAGAAGUACCUGCUGCAGCCCUGAUCUGCCUGGGAACUUGGGUGUCUGGGAGUGUGCCGAAGGAGUUGUGCCAGACUGGAUGCCUGUGCUGGGACUGGAGUGCUGGACCAGGCACAAUGAAAGCUGAGGGGACACCAAACUGCUUGCAGAGGCUGUGACAGGGGGCACAGUCCUUUGUGGUUUUGGUGUGUGAAGUUCCUGUGAAUGCCCACAGUGAUGAUGGGGAUAUGCUACAGGGACAGUCAUGCCUGUCCCAGCAGCCAGUGAGCACAGUAGGAGCCCUGCCUUCAAGUGCACACCAUGUUUGGGAAGAGCUUGUGGGCUCCUCUCUGGUGCUCAUUGCCUGGGACAGUGGCCAGCUGGGGGGCCUGGAGAGGGGAGGCAGCAGGGCUGGCACAAGUGCUUCUUCCUGAGCAGGCUGGCUGCUCCAUGGCAGGGUGUGCCCAGGGGGCACCAAGCAAGCCCCGGCCCCAAGGGCAGAGCAGGGUAUUGCCAGUCCAGAUGUUUGGUGGUGGCCCUGGGUGCCAUAUGCCCUCAGCCUCAGGUGGGCAUUUGGCAUAUAUCUGCCCAAGCAGCGGGUUAGAGGGCCUGCACGGUCUGCCUGAUCACCCUUGCCUGUCUGUCAGUCAUUAGCACUAACGCUGCUAGGCAAACGACCCUCCUCCUUGAUGGGUGCGUGUCCCUGCCCUCCCUCCUGCCUGCUCCCAGCUGAGGCCAGCCAGUGGGAUUUGACCUGCCUGUGAGCAGCAUGCCCUUGCUGGCAUCCCCGAUCCCGCUGAGAGCAGCCUGGUGUGGCUUUUUCUUGGGGAGAUGGGAGACAUGGGGGCAUGAGGGCGCCUGGACAAACAGCUCUGAAGGUUCUUUGACCCUGCCUGUUCCCUGGGGAUCACAGUGGCUCUGUGGGGAGGGAUGCUCUCAUCUGGCUUGUCUGCAAGCCUGGCAGCUGCAUCCCCCACCCUGCCAGCGGGUGCUGUGGGUUUUGGAGGGCUCUGCCUUGCCUUUCCUAGAGCCGAGCAAUAGCCACGGUCACCACUGGCAUAGCCACUGCAAUAAGGGGACAGGAGGGUGGGAUGGGAGGGACGCCAGCCAGGGUCCCUGCACAGGUUUGGCCAGGCCUGGCAGAGCCUGCAGCUCCUCCCCAUGUCAGGUGUAGCAUACACAUCCCUUUGCAGCCUUGUUUUUACUAGACUAAUAAACAGAUUGUAGGCCCCA